GACUCCGCACUUCUUCUCCUUUCGCACCGCUCGAGAUCGCCUCCUACAAAAGGGGAAGCUGCUCCAACAGGAAGGCGAUGCAGCUGCGCCAUCGCCUCCGUCUCUCUUCCCCUCUCGUUUCACUCUUCCCCUCCCCGAUCUCUCGACCAGUUUUCCUUCCCCCUCGGCUAGCGUUCGGACUCGGUUCCCCUCUCGCGCGGUGCCGGCGACCCGAUUGCCGGAUCGGAUACGGGCCAGGAGAGCGAAGGUACUCGGUUGCUGUUGGAUCGAUGGAGUCCGCGACGGAGGCGCGGGAUCCUGCGGCCUCGGUUGCUGAUGGUGGUAGCGGCGCCCCGAGGUUGAGUCUCGAGGAACUGAAUUGGGAUCACUCCUUUGCGAGAGAGUUGCCUGGGGAUCCCAGAACUGACACGAUAUCCCGCCAGGUACUUCAUGCAUGUUACACAAAAGUAUCUCCAUCUGCCGAAGUGGAGAAUCCUGAACUUGUAGCUUGGUCGGAAAGAACUGCUGAGUUGCUUGAUUUAGACACGAAAGAGUUUGGGCGGCCUGAUUUCCCAUUAAUAUUCUCUGGAGCAUUGCCUUUGAAGGGAGGGCUACCUUAUGCGCAAUGCUACGGGGGGCACCAAUUUGGGGUGUGGGCUGGUCAGUUAGGGGAUGGACGUGCUAUUACUCUCGGUGAGCUCCUAAAUUCUCGAGGUGAAAGAUGGGAGUUGCAGCUCAAGGGUGCUGGGAAGACUCCUUAUAGUAGAUUCGCAGAUGGUCUGGCAGUACUUCGAAGUAGCAUCCGAGAAUUUCUUUGUAGUGAGGCGAUGCAUGGACUUGGAAUCCCUACUACUCGUGCACUCUGCCUUGUUACUACCGGCAAGCUUGUCAAUCGAGACAUGUUUUAUGAUGGCAAUUCCAAGGACGAACCUGGUGCAAUUGUUUGCCGUGUUGCUCAGUCCUUCCUUCGGUUUGGUUCAUAUCAGAUCCAUGCAUCCAGGGGAAAAGAAGACCUUGAAAUUGUUCGCACUUUGGCAGAUUACACCAUUCGUCAACAUUUUCCUCACAAAGAAAAAAUGAACAAAAGUGAUGAUUUGUCUUUCAAGGUCGGGGGAGUAGGAUCUUCAGUGGUAGAUUUGACAUCCAACAAGUAUGCAGCUUGGUCAGUUGAGGUCGCCGAACGCACUGCUUCUUUAGUUGCAAGUUGGCAGGGAGUCGGCUUCACUCAUGGUGUUUUAAACACAGAUAACAUGAGCGUGUUGGGUCUUACAAUCGAUUACGGCCCUUUUGGUUUCUUAGAUGCUUUCGAUCCAAGUUACACUCCAAAUACUACUGACCUUCCUGGGAGGAGGUAUUGCUUUGCAAAUCAGCCUGAUAUCGGCUUGUGGAACAUCGGACAAUUCACACUAACGUUAUCGUCUGCUAAGCUGAUCAGCGAAGAGGAGGCCAACUAUGCCAUGGAAAGGUAUGGAGACAAGUUUAUGGAUGAAUACCAAUCCAUAAUGACCAAGAAACUAGGUCUAUCCACAUACAAUAAGCAACUCAUAAGCACUCUUCUUAACAACAUGGCUGUCGACAAAGUCGAUUACACAAAUUUCUUCCGGUUGCUUUCAAAUGUCAAGGCUGAUGCUACUACUCCAAAGAGUGAGCUGCUUAUUCCUCUUAGAGCUGCUUUGCUGGACAUCGGCCCGGAGAGGAAGGAAGCAUGGACAACUUGGGUGCAAACAUAUAUUGAGGAGUUGGUUUCAAGUGGCAUCCCUGACGAUGAACGCAAGGCCGCGAUGAACUCCGUCAACCCCAAGUACGUCCUCCGCAACUACUUGUGCCAAAGCGCCAUUGACGCAGCCGAGCAAGGUGACUACGGUGAGGUUUGCAGGCUGCUGAAACUAGUGGAGCACCCGUUCGACGAGCAACCGGGAAUGGAGAAGUAUGCGCGGCUGCCGCCGGCAUGGGCAUACCGGCCCGGCGUCUGCAUGCUGUCAUGCUCAUCUUGAGGGAGGAUGGUGGUAAGUUUGUAUAUGCAGUUUAUUAUUCUUCUAAUUGAUGACAAAUUUACAAGAAAUAACUUCUUCUAAUUUAUGCUCUAUUUUAUGAGAGAGCCUCAAAAAAACUUUCUCAAACUAAGAGCUAUUUAAAAAGGGUUAAUUUAAAUUUUCUUGUCGCCUUUGGGUC